ACGAGACAGCGGCGGUUUACCUUCUCAGUGUGGCACCGGGACGGGACGGGUACAGUCAACACCAGGUAGUUUUUUUUUUCCUUUCUUUGUUUAAUCGACACGAAGUACAAACUUCAGGGAUGGAAAGCCACAAAGGAUCACCUGCCUCACACCAAAGUGAAGGAGGUUGACGUCCCAAACUCCGCCGGUACCGUCAUGACCCUCAACGCAUCCGGUCCCCUUCUGUACCGCCGAAACGCCAAGCUGGAAACCUUCCUGAAGCGGAGCAUGGAGCGCACGGUGUAUGAGCGGAUCCGAGCCUACGAGUCCUGCGUGGUGAUAUCGGAGACUAUCAGCAAGGCAUACAUGCACGUAGUGCUGAGCGAUGAGCGCGUGUACCUGACCGAGUAUCCUCCGCGCACGCUCACUGCAGCUCUGUGCUUCAGGCACGUGCGGGACAUCGAGCUGGUUAAUGACCUCCCAGAUUUCCUCCGUGGGAAGGACAGGGAACUCUGCCAGCACAUACGAAUCACCUACGUCACUGAAAAGCCUGCUAGAAGGCCGCGUGAUUGGCUGAGGAGAGAUAAGGGACUUCCUCCUGCAGCCUCCUCUACUCGGAGAACCAGCCACUGCCCAACAAUAAAACGCACCUUAGAAGGAUAUCCUGCACAGAGGUACCACAGUGAAAGGGGGACAGGGGACGUUCGCAUGUUAGCCCCCACGCGUUCGGCCUCCUGUCCAAACCCGGAGACUCUUGGCCUCCCGCGAGUCGCUCAGCCUCCCACCCAGCCUCCCGCCUAUUCCUCCACCAGCUCCCCCACCGCCCCACUGUCUCCCUCGAAUGAAAGGCCGCACCUCCCUGAGCAUGGGCAGGUGCCGCGGAGGAUCGGCUCAGUUCUGUCUCGUCUGUUGAGAAGAGACUGUGCGGACAGCGGAGAGGAGAGGGAGGCUGAGCUGCAUCUCUACGUCGUCUCGCGUACUUCCAGACUUUACUUCCAUCUACAGAGCUUGUGGAACAGCUUCGUGAUUAGGUCCACUAUGUUGUUAGACCCACUCUACAGAAGGAGGUGCAGAGCUCCGCCUGACUCCGCUCCUGGAAAGCGACUUCCUGCCAUCAGCUGGGAGCGGACGGCUCACCUGUUUGCUCAGCUGAGCUCUGAGCUCCUGCAGGAGGGGAUCAAUGUGGAGAGUCUGUACCUGCUGCUGCAGGAGCUGAGAACCGCAGCUCACCGUAACGUCGCUCUGUGCAGGCUCUUCUGGAGGUCCAAAGAGGUGUGUGUCUUCCUGGUUCAGACUCUGGAGGAAUCUCUCCACGGCUGUCAGAGCCUCAGCGGCGUCUACACGGCAGAUCAGCUACUACUGAGCACUUUGAUCGUCCAGACUCUCGCUCUCAUGUUCAGAGAGACGGAGGUCGAGCCAGCCAGACUCAGCCUGCUCUCUGCCGAAAAAGGUACCCUGGCCUCCAGAAUGCUGCUUGCCUUGAUAUGUGAUCCAGAGCUACAAAACCAAGGAUCUCUUCCUGACGUUGAUCUCCAGGCCUUACUGACUGAGUAUCUGGACGCUGCCUGCUCUCUGCUCUUCGAGCUGCUGCUUUUAGGUCACGAGGCCAGCAGAUGUUCCUCUGCAGAAAACGUCCUGUCUGUUGGCUGGAUCCUCCGAGUCCUGCAGCCUCAUCCUCACCUGACGUCCUUCAUUGGUUACCAGGCACAGCAGGUGGUGCUGGUUUUGUCAGACCUGCAGGAGUCCAUCCUGAGUCCCAUUCAGUCUGUUCUGCUGUUCCAGCGCUGUCGCCUCCUGCUGGCUUGCUUGCGGUGCAACAACCAGCUGGCACAGCACCUCCGGUCGCACUUCAGCGAGGAGUUCAGGUACUUUGUGAAUCUGUCUUGUGCCGAGGAGAAGCUGCCACCCCACUACCCGAUCAGCCAGCCGACUCUUCGGUUGGUCGAGCAGAUCCUGAGUCUGCACAGAUGAUCGCACACAAACACAUGUACUUGUGUCUGAUGAAAGGACUUUGGACAGUGUGUGCCUCCACUUUUGUGCUUUGAGCUGUGAACUACUGAAUCUGCUGCCUUGAAUGAACUGAGCGGUAAACUGCUGCUAAUUAAGAUUAAACAAAUCAACCCGGCAGAAAUAAUUGCACUGCUUUCUACCAUGUGCAUUUUUUAUUGUUAAACAAUAGAAUUCUGUGUAAGUUCAUGAGAUACAGAGAUGGUAAAUGUAGAUGAAAGAAAUCAUAUCCAGGUUUCAUGCGUGUUCAGCUUACAAAUGAGGGGAUUCUGCUUGUGUAAAUAUAACCAAUUCUAA